AUGGAGAAUGGCUUUUGGAAAAGGCAAGGUCUGUAUGUCCUUCUCUCUUUUUCAUUCCUUAGAGUAAUGUGUGCUUCAAUUCGCUUUUCUGUCCCGGAAGAAAAGAAAAAGGGGUUUCUGGUGGCUAAUGUGCUCAAGGAAUUGAAACUGAAAACAGGGGAGCUUACCACACGCAAAGCACAUUUAGUUGCUGAGGGCACUCAGGAAUACUUCCACCUUGAUAUUCAAACUGGGAAUCUGUUGAUUAAUGAUAAAAUAGACAGAGAAGCUUUAUGUGGCCAGGAUGAUCCUUGUCUACUUCUUUCUCAGCUUGUUUUGGAAAACCCCUUAGAUAUGUUUAACCUUGAAAUCAAGAUAGAAGAUGUGAAUGACAAUGCACCCAAAUUUUGGAAAAACAAUGUGGAGGUAGACAUUCUUGAGACUGUUCCUAAAAGUACAACGUUCCCCUUGGAACCUGCCCAAGAUGAGGACUUGGGAGAAAAUAGCAUCCAAAAUUAUACUCUUAGUCCCAAUGAACAUUUUCACCUGGAAGUACAUAAGAAUGAAGACGGGGAUAACAAUAUAUACCUUGUUUUGAAGAAAACAUUAGAUAGGGAGAGGAUGUCACACCUUGAAUUGAUUCUAUUGGCUAUUGAUGAAGGAGUUCCAAAGAAAACUGGCACAGUUCAAAUUAAUAUUAAUGUUCUGGAUAUUAAUGAUAACUUUCCUUUGUUUAGUAAGUCUGAAUAUAAGGCAAGAAUAAAGGAGAAUCUCCCUAAGGGAACUCUUGUGAUUAAGGUGGAAGCUACAGAUCUGGAUUUGGGUUCAAAUGCGCAAAUCCUCUACUCGUUCCAUCAGGUGCCUGAAAGAAUAAACAAUUUGUUUUAUUUAAAUGAAAUUACUGGUGAAAUAACUGUUUGUGGACAGAUUGAUUAUGAGAAAGAAAAGAGCUAUAGCAUGAACAUCAGAGCAACAGAUGGAGGGGGUCUUUCAGGGCACUGCAAGACACUGAUAGAGGUUGAAGAUGAGAAUGACAAUCCCCCAGAAGUGUCCAUCAUAUCUCUGAUCAGCCCUUUAAAGGAGGACUCUCCCCUGGACACAAUAGUGGCCCUCUUCAAUGUGAGAGACCAAGACUCUGGAGACAACAGCAAAACGGUCUGCUCCGUGCAGAUGAAUCUCCCUUUUGUGCUGAAAGCCACCACAAACAACUUUUAUCAGCUUGUGCUCCAAAGUCCCCUAGACAGAGAGACGGUCACUGAAUACAACAUCACCAUCACUGCCAUUGACUGGGGAGCUCCUAGGCUCACUUCAACAAGAUUGAUUAACGUUCAGAUCUCCGAUGUCAAUGAUAAUUCUCCCCUUUUUGAAAAGUCUUCAUAUGACAUGCAAAUCAGGGAGAAUAAUAUUCCAGGCUUGUUCAUUGGCUCAGUCCAUGCUCUGGAUCUAGACACAACCCUGAAUGCUAAAGUGAAUUACAUAGUUCUGCCUGGGAAAGGUGAUGGCAUGAUGACUUCUUACAUCUCAAUCAACUCUGAAACUGGAAACAUGUAUGCCCUCCGAUCCCUGGACUAUGAGCAGAUAAGAGGCUUCAGAGUCACUGUGGGGGCAUCUGAUGGUGGUUCUCCUUCCCUGAGCUCAGAAGUGAUUGUCCGAAUCCACAUCAUAGAUGAGAAUGACAACGCUCCCUUCUUCCUGUAUCCCCUCCAGAACAACACAUCCCCAUGCAAUGAGCUGCUUCCCAAGUCAGCCGAGGCCGGCUAUCUGGUCACCAAGGUGGUUGCAGUGGAUGGAGAUUCUGGCCAAAACUCCUGGCUUUCCUAUGAAUUGCUGAAGGCCACAGACCCAGCCCUUUUCAGCAUAGGAGCGCAGAAUGGGGAAGUGAAAACCAGGAGAGUCCUGAAUGAGCGAGACACAAGUAAGCAGAGGCUGGUGAUACUGGUCAGAGACAACGGCCUUCCUCCGCAGACCAGCACGGCGUUGCUUAAUGUUCUUCUUGUGGAUGGCUUUUCGGAUCCCUUCCUGAGGAGGGUGGAUGUCAGUGUGCAAGAACCGGAAGAAGAUAAAACCUUGACCAAGUAUCUGGUGAUCUGCUUGGCUGCAGUCUCCUUUGUGUUCCUGGUCUGCAUUGUUGUGUUUAUUGUGGUCAAAAUCUUCAAGAAGGACCCACAAAGCCAUUUUACUGCAGCUGUUCCUCACUUCCCACCUGCCGGUUCUGAUACUCCAGGGAACUGUGCUGAUUCACAGAAUGGAUCGCUUUCCAGGACUUACCGUUAUGAUGUUUGUUUGACUGGUGGAUCCUUAAGUAGCGAGUUCCGAUUUCUCAGGCCUCUCUUUCCUGUCUUUUCGGUGGGAGAUGUUAGCGUCCCAGAGAACAGUGGUAUUUCUGCAGGCAUCCAAGAUACUUCUGAGCAGGUUGCAGUUAAUGGCGCAAAGAAAGAGUAUGACUUUUUGCAACAUGGAAAAAUGUGGGGACAAAAUGCCAACAUACUGGGAUUUUUACUCGAUGGUUGCAAACAUAGUUUCCAGGCAUAUUUUCCUAGUGCAAAUGGGGAGGUGAAAACCAUGAGGCUGGUGAACAUCCGAGACAGUUUCAAACACACUCUUAUUGUGGCAGUUAGGGAUAAUGGGCAUCCUCCACAGUCUGCCUCUGCAACCCUAAGGAUUCUUCUAGUGGACGGCUUCUCUGAUCCUUACAUGAAAAUUAUGGAAAAUCCUAAGGAUGAAGUCCCUCAGGAGGGAGAUCAUACUCUAACACUGUAUCUGAUUAUCUGCUUGGUUGCCAUCUCAUCCAUUUUUCUGCUUUCUGUCACUGUGUUUAUUGUAACCAAGUUUCAGAAGUGA